AUGAAGCGCCAGGUUGAGACUCUGGUCGUUAGGGAAGUACAGCAAACAGUAUACCAACAGGAAAUCACAUCCCUUUUGGCAGGUAGACCUGUGCCCAAGACCAGUUCUAUUCUCCGUCUUGACCCUUACUUAGACCAGGAGGGAAUGCUGCGCGUAGGUGGACGACUAAGCAAAAGCACCUUGUCGGAUAAGGAAAAACACCCUUUGUUGUUGCCUGGAAAACACCAUGUAUCAAAGUUGUUGGUCACCCAUAUUCAUAACUCCAUCAAGCACCAAGGUCGCCUUAUUACUGAAGGCGCUAUAAGAUCUGCUGGUUUUUGGGUCACUGGUGCAAAACCUAUUGUCUCCACACUUCUCCACAUUUGCGUUGUUUGCCGUAAGCUUAGAGGCCGGUUUGAAUACCAGAAAAUGUCUGAUCUACCUGUUGACCACGUUAAAGAAGCAAAGCCCUUUUCCUUUGUAGGUGUAGACGUUUUCGGCCCGUGGCAGAUUGUGUCACGUCGUACCCGGGGAGGCCAAGCCAAUUCAAAACGUUGGGCUGUCCUCUUUACUUGUCUUACGAUCCGCUCAGUUAACAUUGAGGUAAUUGAGAAAAUGACUUCCUCCGCAUUCACCAACGCGCUUCGCAGGUUUAUUGCUAUUAGGGGCAAGGUCACGCAGUACAGGUCUGAUAGGGGUACCAACUUUGUUGGGGCCACAGACAAGCUAGGCAGUGACGCCAUUAAUGUGGAAGACGCUGAGAUAAAGAAGUAUCGUUUUGACUCUGACGCAGUCUGGGUCUUCAACCCUCCUCAUAGCUCCCACAUGGGAGGAGUCUGGGAGCGAAUGAUAGGGAUUUCGCGGCGUAUUCUAGACUCUAUGCUCUUAAAGACACCAAACCUUACCCAUGAUGUCUUGGUCACACUGAUGGCAGAAGUGAGUGCCAUAGUAAAUGCUCGGCCAAUAGUCCCUGUCUCAGAUGAUGCUGAAUGUCCAGACAUUCUUAGUCCUUCUGCAUUACUUAACAUGAAGCUCCAAACAAGUCAGCCCAUUUCAGAGUGCGGGUCCUUAAAAAACAUAUAUAAGGACCAAUGGCGACGUGUUCAGUUUUUGGCAGAGCAAUUUUGGGUCCGGUGGCGACGCGACUAUCUCCAGUCCCUACAGUCCAGGCCUAAAUGGCUAAAUGAAGAAGUCCCACUUAAGGUAGAUGAUAUAGUCCUUUUGAAGGAUGGUCAGGCUCCGCGCAAUAGUUGGCCAAUGGCUAGGGUAUCGCAAAUCUUUCCAAGCUCAGACAACAGAAUUCGCAAGGUCGAGAUUAGUUUCUUUAGGGAGGGAAAACAGAUAUUCCUUACUAGGUCUGUGGUAGAGUUAGUGGUACUUGUGAGAGCAUAA